AUGCCACCAAUUCGCAAUAAAAACCGGAAAAAUUUAGAUGAGCAAGAGGGACGAAUCUUAUUAGCAAUUUCCGAUUUACAGAAUGGCCGAAUUCAACGUGUAGCUCAAGCUGCAAGGAUUUACGAGAUCCCCCGGACAACUUUACAAGAUAGACUCAAUGGUAUUCAACAAAGAUCUCUCGUACGCGCCAACAGCCAUAAAUUGACUCAAUAUGAAGAGGAAUCGCUUGUCAAAUGGGUGCUUGAUUUAGAUCGACGUGGAUUACCCCCCCGGCAUUCUCUUGUACGAGAAAUGGCUAAUUAUAUACUUUCACAACAUGGCAAACCACAAGUUGGAAAAAAUUGGAUAACUAAACUGAUUAAACGCCGUCCAGAGAUCGAUUCCAAAUUCGCAAGGAAAUACAACUACGAACGUGCUAAAUGCGAAGAUCCAAAGAUAAUACAAGAACAUUUUGAUCGCGUACAAGCUGCUAUAUCUGAGUACGGCAUCUUACCGGAAGAUAUAUUCAACUUUGAUGAGACUGGCUUUGCUAUGGGACUCUGUGCAACUGCAAAGGUUAUUACUGGAAGCGAUCGAUAUGCUCAGCCGAAGCUUUUACAGCCUGGAAAUCGAGAAUGGGUAACUGCAAUUGAGGCAACAAAUUCAACUGGAUGGGCUGUGCCUUCGUACGUGAUUUUCAAAGCAAAGAAAAACGUACGAGAAGGCUGGUUUGAUGAUCUUCCAGAUGAUUGGCGAAUCAAUAUUAGCGAUAAUGGCUGGACUACAGAUCAGAUAGGAUUAGAAUGGCUUAAAACCCAUUUUAUUCCCUAUAUUAAUGGUCGUACGGUUGGAAAAUAUCGAAUGUUGAUUCUUGAUGGCCAUGGAAGCCAUUUGACACCAGAAUUUGACCAUAUAUGUACUGAGAAUAAUAUUAUUCCAGUCUGUAUGCCACCUCAUUCUUCGCAUCUCUUACAGCCUCUUGAUGUUGGCUGUUUUGCUGUUUUAAAGCGACAUUAUGGGCAGCUUGUUGAGCAACGAAUGAGGCUUGGUUUCAAUCAUAUUGAUAAAAUGGACUUCUUAACAGCAUUUCCACAGGCUCGUACAGUGGCAUAUAAAGCUCAAACUAUUUGGAAUAGCUUCGCAGCCACUGGAUUAGUGCCUUUCAAUCCAGAUCGAGUUAUACAACAGCUUAAUAUUCGAUUGAAGACACCAACCCCCCCUCCAAGUCGAUCAAGCAAUACGGCAUCAUCCUGCUUACAAACACCUCAAAAUAUACGCCAAUUUAUACGCCAGUCGACUACAAUCAAUAAACGUAUAAAUGAGCGUACAGAAAGCAACCAAAAUCAAGAAAUCAAUCAGGCAGUUGUACGGUUGUCAAAAGCCUACGAAAUGAUAGCGAAUGAUGUUUUACUCGUACGGAAAGAGAACUACGAUUUACGAGCUGCACAUGAGAAAGAGAAGCAAAAGCGCCAAAAAUCUAAAAAGCAAAUAUCUAUUGAGCAAGCGGUUACUAAAGAAGAAGUGCAAGCGCUCGUACAAGGUCAGGUUGAGGCAUCCCAUGCUGUUACUACUACUCCGGCUGAGCCGGAGCUCCCAGCUUCUCAAGCAGUCGUACGCCGCCAAUAUCGCUGCAGUGAAUUAACCAAUGCCCUAGUCGUAUUAGUAUGGUGCCGCUUCGGUGGUGAAUUACAGAUGACUUUUUACUACGAGGGAUAUAUUAUUUUUAAAAAUUGGCCUGGUCCAUCCACCCACGUAUCAGAGUGGUUGGAUACUAUUCUCCGAACUAAUCCAGUGACCACACUCUACGCUCGAGGCGGCUAUGAAACUCAAUUGUCAAAAGCCCUCAUUGGAUUCAUGGAGAAUGACCUACUUGAACCAGAGAUACACUAUAUACGUUCUCUCCUUAAUGCAAAUAGCGUAGACGAAAUCAUUCGCGGAGAACCAUUAUUGGUGAAUUGCGGCUACGCUACAGGCCGGCCUGAGAUCUAUAGGCUAGGACCGUAUGGAUAUGACCGAAACAAGGCAAUUUGCAUGAUACGGUGUGUACGGGGAAGUGUUCGAUUUUGCCUGUACGAGAAAUCGCAUGCGGGUCCUAUAGAAGGGACACUACGUCCAAAGCAGCAGGAGCUACACGAAGGCAUGGUACUCUUUAUGCUAUCGGAUAUGUGCUUGAGUUGGCCCACUGAAAGUAAUGGUUUAUUUGUCCUACAGACUUUUUCCUGUGAACGGCAGCAGCUCAGGAUUCAGAGGGAUGAUAUCCCUGUCAAAGUAGCGCCAUUCCAUGCAACACCCCUUAUUAGAGAGCUUGAGGGCAGUCUGGAACGUCCAUAGGUUGCGAUUUUAUCCGAUAGUUCACCGGUUUCGUU